AUGGUCUCGUUCGCCCAGCCUUUGUUUUGGCAGAUAAAGUAUGUGGUGAACGGUCUGAGCAAGAAGACCCAGAAGCAAGGAUUGAACGAGUUGCACAAUCUGAUUGCAGCUUAUGGGUAUGAUGCGCAGGUUUUCUUUCUGCGUGUUCUGAUCGAGGAGUGCGCGGCAAACAACUGGCAACCUACAGGCUGA